UGCAGAUACUGGAAGAAGCAGUUAACUAUAGCUAAGGAUGCUCGCCGUGUAGAUAUUCUCUGUUAUAGGAUAUUUCUGAGUUACAGGCUCUUGGAAGGGACUUCCAUAUUUAAUGCACUCCAUCAAAUUGUCAAAGAAGCUAAGGAAAAAUUGGAACCAGAGGUAGGUCCUCUGAAUGAUUCUGCAAAAAUGGCAAGGGGAAUUGUCAGCAGACUCUCAGUAGCCGGGGAUGUGCAGGCUCUCUGUUCGCUUGCUAUUGAGAAAGCUGAUGGAUUGCUGGCCUCAAAGUGCAGCACAAGCCUAGAUAACAUUGAAAGUUCCCUUCCCGCAGCUUGCAAGUUUGUCUUCGAGGAAAUUGCAUCUUCUUCAGUCUUAGUUAAAUUGAUAGAAAUAUCUACUGCACCGUUUGAUGAUAUUGAAGGGUUUAAGCUAUGGUAUUGUAAGACUAGAGAAGAGAAUUACACCAAAGAGCCUGUUAAAGUCUUUCCAAGAUCUCAAAGGACGAUUUGGAUAUCAAAUCUGCAGCCCUGCACGGAGUAUUCAUUCCGAAUAGUAUCCUUCGCCGAGGCUGGUGAAUUGGGACAUUCUGUGGCAAAAUGUUUUACGAAGAGCAUAGAGAUAAUUCACAAGAACUCGAACCCUCUUGCUGCAAAUCUACAGAAGGAGAAUUCAGGAGGAGGAAUAUCUGGUGCCAAGCGAGACUGUAAGACUGUAACAGACAUUGAAACUGACUCUGCAUUUAAGGUUCAAGACCUUGGGAAGAACUUGAGGCUAGCAUGGGCCCAAGAACAAGGCGUUCUUCAGGGGUUCCGUGGUGCAGAUGUUAAAAUAUGUUCUGGGGAUCGUAAUUUUAUUAAUCCAGAAACUGUAAUUGAAGACAGGUUGCAAUCCAUUCCAAGGGAGAUUGACUUGAAUGUUUCGUCAGUGCCUGAUCUGAAUGAAGAGUUUACUCCUCCAGUUGAGUCAUCUAGAGACAACUGGAACCACACGAAAACUGAUGAUGGACCGGCUGUUGACUCCCGGGUGGAAGCUUGCCCGAAGAUGGCACAUAACACCAAUGUGGAGAUGCAAGAUUCUGUUAGCAAUCUGACCAAUGGAUCACCAUCCCAAGCCGGGAAUGUAUCGGGAAGCUUGGAUGAAAACUUUGAAUACUGUGUUAAAAUUGUUCGUUGGCUGGAAUGUGAGGGCCAUGUUACGGAGGAAUUCAGAAAGAAGUUUCUGACGUGGUUCAGCUUGAGAUCAUCUAAACAGGAACGUCGAGUAGUCCAAACUUUUAUAAAGACUUUAAUGGAAGAUCCAAGUAGCUUGGCGGAACAGUUGGUUGAUUCUUUUUCAGAGAUCAUAGCUGUGUCUGGCCAGAGGUCUAGAGAACUUUGGCAUUAAUUUAUGCGGAUUUUGGAAAGACAGUACUGCUAGUUAACUCCAAGACUUAUCAUCCAAAUGUCAAUAGAUAUUGCUGAUCAUCACAUCAAUUCUUCGUACAGGUAUUUUCUAAGUCUCUUCUGAAAUGAUUCAUUACUAAAGUGGACAACUGCAGAUGAAGUAUUUUUCGUUGGCAGAAAUUUCUCAAUUGCUCAGAAAAACUGAAUUUUAGAUUCUAUUUGGAAUUGGUAGUAGCUUGACUUGGUUUUUAGGCAUUCGUUUGUCCAAUUCAUGGACGUGGCUUAGCUUUUCGUAGCUGUUAAAUCAGUCCUGAACUAUUACGUUAUUUCCCUAUUGGGAUCUCCCUUUUAUGCAAAUUCAACAUUAAUGCAAUUUGGUUCUGAAUCAUUGUUCA